AUGCAUUGCAACCACAUCUAAAGAAUAAGGAGAGGAACACAGUGGUGUCAGUGGCUUCUGUUAGAUCACAGAAACGUUUGGUAAAAGGGCUUUUUGUGUUUCACCGAUUUUCAAAACUGUUUAUAAUCUACAGCUAGUUAAAUAGUUUGGAAGCAACAUCAUAGCUGAUCUGUUAUCUUUAUGGAUUAUGGUCUUGUUUUUGUUCACCUUGACUCUGCUGUGAAACCAUGGCUACCACCUCACCAUCUACUGUGAAAGACUGUUAUCUUUGCUCUUCUGCUUUAAAAGACCCGGUUGUUUUAAGAUGCUGUCACAGUUUGUGUAAAAGCUGCUUACAGAGCUACUGGGAGUUAAACAAGACUCUGGGUUGCCCUGUUUGUUUGAGGGAGACUCACUGUUCUGUGCUUCUGCACCAUUUGAGUCGUUCUCACUUCUCAGAUGACAGCAAAAUCAAACCAAAUGCGAGGAAAGCAGAAAGUAAGAGGGAUCCAGUGGAGAAAGAUCUAUCAAAGAUAAUGAAGACUGAAGGCAGCAUCAAGACAGAAGAGGACAUUAGUACUGUGGUCCAGAUGGUGAUUAAAUAUGAAUCAGUGGAAAAAAUUCAACAUGGACAUAAAAUGAAGGACAUCACCUGUCUAAAGAGGGAGCAGUCAAGUGAAACCAGGGACAAGGAAGAGGAAGAUACAGAUGUGAUGCUUCAUGACAUAAUUCCUUCAACCAGUUCCAUGCAAAUGGGACAAAUCAAAUCUGAAGUGAAACCUCAUCUACCAUCCACAACUACUCCCAAGUCAUUGAGAUCCAACCUGUGUACAAAAUGUUGCAAGAGCUUCAAAAGAAAAUCUGACCUCAGAGUCCACGAGAAGGUGCACGCCUUAAAAAAGCCGCACCAGUGCCCCACCUGUGGAAGUAGUUACGUUGAUAAACAUGAGCUCACUUUACACAUGCGUUUGCACACAGGUGAGAAGCUGUUUAACUGCUCUUACUGCAACAAAAAGUUCAUCAGGAAGAGCGCUUUAGGGUAUCACCUAAGGGGCCACACAGGGGAAAAGCCAUUCUGUUGUUCUCAAUGUGGGAAAGGUUUUUCUCGUAGAAGUAGCCUAAAAACUCACCUGCGGUUGCAUGGUGGAAAUCUGCCUCAUCAGUGUGAUCAUUGCGGGAAGCUUUUCAACACUGCAGCUGCUAUGAGAAACCACAAGGUGACCCACACCGGCGAGAAGCCUUUUUCAUGUCCACAAUGUGACAAAAAGUUUACCCUAAAGGUUGAGCUGGAAACUCACCUGAAUAGCCAUUCGGGGAUCAAACCUUUCAGCUGUUCAGUGUGUGGGAAGAGUUUCCUGAGGAAGCAUGAACGUAACACUCAUCUGCUUAUUCACAAGGACAACCGCCCCUUUCACUGCACAGACUGUGAGCGAACCUUCAAAAGGAUGACCCAUCUUACAUCACAUAUGAAAAUCCACAGCUCUGACACCCCUUACAAGUGCACCUACUGCAGCAAAUCUUUCAAGCAUCCCAACAGCUUAAAACUGCACGAGCGUAUUCACACCGGAGAGAAGCCUUACACCUGUGAGCAGUGUGGCAAAAGAUUUCAUUCAUCAGGAGAUUGCACCAAACACCAGCUGGUACACUCUGAGGAAAAACGAUAUAAGUGCUCAAAAUGUGAUAAGAGGUUUCGCUAUAGGAGUAGCAUGACGAUCCACCAGGUCACGCACUCUGAGGACAAACCUUUUUACUGCGAGAACUGCGGCAAGUGCUUUGCCAGGCUUGCAAACCUUAAACUUCACAAGCUGAUCCACACCGAUGAAAGACGUCACAAGUGUUCUCUAUGCGGUCUGGGCUUCAAUACCUCAUCUACUCUUAAGAGCCACCAAUUAACUCACUCUAGUAAGUUCCCCAUACAUUGUAGCACCUGCGGCAAAACCUUCACCCGGCAAGACACCUACAAGAACCAUCAAGACAUUCAUGCGGGAAUCAAAGUCCACAAAUGCUCCGAGUGUGGAAAAUGCCUAAGCUCGGAAAGUAGCUUGAAGGUGCACAUGCAGCAACACUCGGAAAAGAAAAUGUACCACUGCACCGAGUGCGAGAAGAGUUUCACCUCCGUGUCCUAUAUGCUGAAGCACCAGAAGAUGGCACACACUGAUGAGAAGCCAUACGUCUGCAGCAAAUGUGGAGACUGCUUUAACACCCAAGGGAAGCUGGUUACUCACCAACAGCAACAUUCGGGAAUGACAGAGCAUGUGUGCUCCCAUUGCGGGAAGAUGUUUGGAUCUAGGGGGACGCUCGGGCGACAUGAGAAGAUUCAUUCUGAGCACAGACCUCAUAAAUGCUCUGAAUGUGGGAAAGGAUUUAUCAGGAUUGACCAUCUAAAACUACAUCAAAGAAUACAUAGUGGAAGUGAACAGUAAAAAUGACUUUUUUGUUUGGUUUGUUAGACAUAUAUAUUUUUUGUUAUAGUUAAGUGAAGGGUACUUACUACUAAAUUGAUGUGGGAUUUGCUUUAGUACACAUUGUAGUGUUUUUUCCUGUUGAAUUAUCUCCAGAUAAAGACUUUUACUCCACUAGAUGGCAGUCUGCACUUUAAGUAUAACCAUAUUGAAUGUGUUUGAAACCCAGGAUUGUAGAGACUUUGCAAAAUCAUGAAAAUAUAAAGCACAUUAAGUACGCUGAUUAAAGCUAAAAAAAAAAAACUUUUGUUUUGUUAAAAAAUGAAGAUUAUUGUUAUUGUGUUCUGU